AUGUCCGAAGAGAUAACACCAACAGAUAGAAAGGUUGUAACUACAUUGCUAUCACAAAGAAACCAAGAGUCAACCUACUUGGGCAUUGGUGAUAAGAUCAGUAAGAAGAAGAACAAGAAGCCAAGCAAGAGAAUCAUCUUGAUCACAAAGCAUCGUAUCAUCUAUCUCAAACCAGGUCAACCUAAAAUCAAAAAAGAAUGUCAUCUUUUGGAUAUUUUAGAGAUUAGAAGUUCGAAUCCAUCUGAAUUUAUUGUUAUCACCAAAACAUUCUCAUAUGGAUUGAUUCAUCCAAAGGCAGACGAUAUUAUUACAGCUUUUAGAUCGACAUUCAGUUUGACAUUCUCUGGAUGUCCAGAGGAAACCUGUUUCAAAUUAGAUGUAAAACCAUCAUCAAGAUUGGCUGAUUUACCAACCAAAGAUCUUCCAUGUGGUGGAUUUGUUGAAACCUAUACAUCAUUGUGUAAUCAACCACAACCAAACAUUCCGGUGCGUGACGACAUCUGUUGGGAUAUGGCCAACAUCGUAUCGGUAAGAGGUAUCAAAACCUUCAAUAUGAAUGAAAUCGAACAACCCAUUUCACCAGGUGAUAUCAGAGCAUUGCUUGGUGCAUUGAAAUGGAAUACCUAUUUUAAGAGUUUAGUACUUAAUGGAUUGGUUGCCAAUAUGGGUAAAGAUCAAUUGGCAUUGUUAGGUGAAACUUUGAAAUCAAAUUCAACCAUUGAAGAUUUGUCGUUGAAUAGCUUGGGAAUGAAGGGUGAUACCAUUCCAAUUAUCGCCAGUGCUCUACAGAGCAAUAAGAAUAUCGGGCUGACUUCGAUCGAUCUGUCAAACAAUCCGUUCGAAGACAAAGGUAUGUUGGCUUUCGCCAACUAUAUCGGAUCGACUCCGCGUGGUAUCGCCAGUUUGAACUUUGCCAAUUGUGCUAUGGGUAAAGCCGGUAUUGUUGCACUGGCCAACGCACUGAAGAAGAAUGUAAAGAUGUCACCGACACUCUCGCAUCUCGAUCUCUCGAAUAACAAGAUGGAUGCCGACGGUUCCGCUGCACUCUCUGCAUUCCUCGCCAGUCCGAACGCAUUGAGAACUCUCAAUCUCUCGAAUACCUAUCCCACCAUGGAGACAAUCGUCGGUGCACUCGUAAGAGGUUGUCUCGAGUUGAGACAUCUCGACAUCUCUGACAAUCGUCUCACUAAGAAAGAGGUUGCUCAUCUCGUUCGUUUCAUCGGAGCAUCGUCCACCUUAAAAUCAAUCAAUAUCAACAACACCAAGAUUCCAGUUGAGAAUCUCAAAGAAGUUGUUGUAGCAAUUUCAUCCAAUCUAUAUCUUCAAGAAGUUACCAUUGAAUCAAAGAAUAAUGAUUUAGGUAUUGCAGGUGCAAGAAUGUUGGCACAAUUGGCAGAUAAGAUUCCAAAUAUUCGUAUUUUAGAUUUGUCAGAGAAUGACUUUGGAGAUGAAGGUGUUUCUGUGAUUUGCGAUGGAUUCUGUCAGAACAAUUCCGUAAAGAAGUUGGUGUUGAAUGGAAAUUUCAAGGUUUCAAAGACCAAGUCGAGAGCUGCCGCUAUCGAGAGUGUCAUCAACUUGUUGGAGGCAUCGACACCACUAGAGGCACUCCAUAUCACUAAUGGAGCAAGUAAGUCACAACUCAAGAACGAUCUAUUGCCAUUUAUCUAUGCACUGGCUACCAACGACACUCUGGUCGAACUCGAUAUCUCUGGUCAUCAAAUGGGUAACAAGGGUGCCAUCGCUCUUGGAAAAGCGCUACAAACCAACAAGUCGCUACAAACAUUGGUUUGGGAUGAGAAUCAAACUGGUGUGGCUGGUUUCGCCGGACUUACUGUUGGUCUAGAGAGAAACUCGACUCUCAAGAACAUGCCAAAACCAUUGCUCGACAUCAUGAAAGCAUACAACGAAAAUCCAGUGAAACUCUCUCAGUUGCUCAAGGAGAUCGAUCAUUUCAUCAAUCGUAAUCAAUCGCCAUUGAGAUCGUUCGACAACAACUCGGGUGGUGCAAUCGGUUCAACCAAUCUUUCAUUCUUGGCAAGUGGACAACAACAGAAUAUCGAAAAGUUCCUCAAUAAGAUCAAGUCAAUCGGUAGAAAGGCAACCGAUCCAGAACAUCUUGUCUUUAUCAAAGACGCUGAAAACACAGAGAAAGUCAUUGGUGGAUUGCAUUUGGUGAAGGAAGCAGUACAUGCCUCUCUCGAGGUUGAGUUGAAUCAAAAGUUGAAAUUAUUCGUUGAUGUAGCCGUCGAUGUUAUCAAUCAAAAGAAGACAGAGAUGAUGCAACAGAUUCUACAGACUAUGCAGGGCACUUUCAAGUCGAUCGAUCAACAAUCCUACAAACGUUUGGCAACAGGUAUUCAAUUCGGUUCUAAGGAUGUCGAUGAGUCGCACAUUGAGGAAACCUUGAUUAAGGGUGCCGGUGCCGAAAUGAGUAACAAGGUUCACGAAUGUUUCCUUUCAUCGUUGGACAUUGCUUCCGAUUACACCUACGAGAAGAUUGGCAAUGGAUUGGAGUCGGUAUUCCAAGAUUUGAUUCGUGAAGAGGAGUACAGUCAACGUGAGCAAGCUGCUGAACUCGAGGAGAAACACACUCCAACACCAACUCCAAGAGCACCAGUCGCCACACCAGAGAAACCAAGACCAACUACACCAACUCCCGAGCAACAAUCGGCAGUGUCUGCACCAGUUACUCCAGUGAGCUCCGCACCAAUCGCCACUCCUCAAUCGUCGGCUGCAUCCGCACCAGCCACACCCACAUCGUCCACUCCACCCUCUGGACAGCAACCAGUCGUACCAUCAUCCACUCCACCAUCGAAUCAACCACCAGCACCACCAACCAGAUCCGGUGCAUCCGCUCCACAACCACCUCCACAAAACGCCAAGCCAACAUCACCGGAAGUUACACCAGACAAGCCAACUACCGGUCCAACAUUCAAACCAGGUAUCAAAGUCAAUGUCAAUCCAGCAUUGGCCGGUGCUAUCGCAAGAAAUAUUGGAGGUGGUGGUGCUCCACCACUUAGAAAACCGGCUGCACCAGCUCCAGAGCCAGUAUCCACACCAGCUCCAGAGCCAUCCAAGCCAAAACCAGCAGUUGCACCAAGAACUGCCCCAGCCUCAUCAAAACCAACCUCUGCGCCACCCAAAGAACCAAAGGGUAAACCAUCUGGUGUCACAGGAGAUAUCACAGUUGUUCCAGAGAGCGAUGCUCCAGAACUUACUCAUAUCACCAAAUCUAGACCUCAAGUUGCUCACAAGAGAAAGCCACCAACCAGAAGACCAAGACCACCAACCGAGUAA